GGCGACGACUUGCGAGCAACAAGAGUGGACAGUACAUCAAGCGAAUAAUGUGUCUCAAGUUUGCAGCUUUAACGCUGGCAUAUCUGAGCGGUUUAACGGCAGCUCAGAAGGUGCGGCAAGACAGACAAGUUGGCAGCGGUUACAUAGACAAAGAAGACAAUGUACCUGCAGAAUCGGUGUACGGCGGAAACCCCUAUGCAGGCAACAAAUUCUUCCAGGACAUAUACAUGGCGAUGGAACAGCCCGGACAGCUAGAGUUUGGACAUGUGGCAGAAACACCGAAGUACUGGGAACAACGUUUCGAAAAACUGAAUCUAGAUAACCUCCAUCGUCAGGGAAAGGUCCGAUGGGGAGACAAAAACGGGGGCUACGGGGAACACUACUUUGACUACAACCACGGUGGAGCCGAAGAUCCAGGUUCAGAGCACUACAAACCUGAGUAUGCCAUCUUAGCUUCGCAGUAUGCAGAAGACGAGUCCCAAGACGUCCCAGCAGGAAUCGAAGGCGGUCACUAUCACAGGCACAGAGGAAAGAGACAGAUCCACAGAGACGUAGAGUUCAUCAACGAUAGAGCAAGGUCUCUAAUUUUAGAGGGUGGCACCAUGCAAAAACAUGGAGGAAAUUACAGAAAAGCCAAAGAUGAUUUCUUUAGGUACAAGAGGCAGCCAGAAAAUGCGUUUGGCGGGAAUUUGGCCUACGACUCAAAGUCAGGUUUAGUGGUGGAUCAGAAUACAGGACAUACGUUCUACUUAUUACCCGCUGAUCAGACAGCUUCGAAAAAUUAGUACCUUCUACUCUUUUAGGGACACUCAUAACAAAUUGAACGACAAUAUUGUGAAACAUAUUGGCGUUUAACUGGCCAGACAGUAAAAUCAAGUUGGUAUAUUCAAAAGAUGCACGUGCUAUUGGAAGCCAUUAAAAAAUAGCAGUUGUACCCAUUUUGCAAUCGCAAACAUAAUUUCAAAACCCUUGAAAGUGCAACUGAUAUUUUAAUGAGAUACUGCUAACAAGGUUGAUUCAGAUCAGUUCAUUUUUAAACUGGGAUCCUUUCUUCUUUUCUUUUCUACUUCUUACUCUGUAUUCUUCUUUCUUCUCUACCUCUUUCUACUCUUCAACAUUGUCUCAUGUUUGAACCUAAGAUCGACAGAACAGCGAGCUGAGUGGCACACUUUAACAUGAGGGUCUGAAUGCGGAUGAAUGAUAAGAGGGGCAUACUUCCGUUUAAGAAGUAAAGUAUUCUUAAUACGGUACCGGUUUUUUAGAUAACGGAUGUCAUGUGUAUAUUUUCUAGCUCUUUAAGUCUUCCCUAUAUGGAAGUUAUUUUUCUCCAGCAACCUUGAACCGCUGACAACUAUGCAACUACUUGACUGAGCAUGUCAUCCCAAAUUGUCUCCAAUAAAUUUUGCUAUAACGGUACAUGGUCAAGAAUCUGCUACGUUGAGUUCGCUAGCUAUUGUGGUGAAACGCUUUAAAUUUUAUUCAACCAUGGUAAAAUUAUUUCUUUUGGAAACCUCUGUUAUGAGUUCCCAUGAAAUGAGAUCUUAAUGGACAUUUGAGUAUAAUAAAUGAUCCUCUCAUCUAUUUUGCUCAAACGUGCAGUAUUAUAGGUAUGACUAUAAGACUUAUUUUUGCAAAGCUGAUUUUGUAAUUAAAAUUUACGCUUUGGUAUUGUUUUGUUA